CCCUUUUGAACGAGCACUGUGUAAUCGUAAGCACGUGAUCGUAAGAGAAAGAAAGGGAAAGAAAACGAGAGUAAAUACAAAAUAAUAAUUUGCAAGUACUAAUUAUACUAAUCAUACUAAACUACUAAUCGAAAGGGUAAGAAAAAGGCAGAAAAAGAGCGAAAAAAGAGAAGAAUAGAAGAAUAUUUAAUUCAUAGCACCAUUACCCUGUCUCUCCCCACCUCCGACUAAAUAAUACAUUAGCGUGAAGGAAAAAGCGAGCGUGUGAUUUGGUUGCUAGGAAAGAGACAGCAAGCAAAAGAGAGCGAGAUGAGACGAAAAGAGCCUCACCCCUCCAAUCGACACUGCAUUGCUAAAAAGAAAAAAAGGAACCUGUCAACUGUCGAACAAAAGAGAGCGUGAGAUCGAGAGAGAGAGAGAGAGAGAGAGAGAGAGAGAGAGAGAGAGAGAUAGAAUGAGGUGCCGUUCUGGUGAGAGUGUUCGAAGCAACUGUUACAACUACUAAAAAUGCCUUAGGAAUGGAAUUUUAGGUGUCAAGCGUCAAGUCGGACGCGAAGCUUUGGAAUAUAACUGUAAUCUCUAACACAUCAAGCGAUCAUAUGAGAGAAAGAAAGAGAAAAAAAUCUAAAUAAAUUAAUGCAACAACCCAAAAGAAAAGAAGAAGAAAAGAGCCCGACGAAUUGCUGUGCUGUGUAAGAUAGAAUCCGGUCCGGAAAUUUUGUAUUAUAUAAAACUAAGCAGUUAAGAACGUAGUAGCGCAACAGCCGCCGACCGGCACGAACGGGCACACAACAAAAGGCACAAGUCGAAAGGCACAGAGCUCAAGCAAAGGGCAAUGACGCGAGAGAAAUACACAGAAAAACACACACACAUAGUAAUAGAGUGGACAACAACCACACAAAAACCAACAUAACAUAUGCUAGUGCUUAAAAAUAGACGGAAACGGUUUAGAUUUUGAAAUCUCGUUUGUUUUUCUUUUAAUCUAACAAUAAUUGCACCACCUCAGAAGGGGAAAAGAAACUACCGGAACAUUUAGAGCGCAAUUGCCGCAGUAAAGUUUUGACUAAUUUUGUUCACGCACCAACCCAACAACCCCAUGUAUGUUGCAACAUUCAAAGCAUAUUAAUCGCACCCGAGCAUUAAGCAACCAAUUUCGGAGUUCAAUUCAAGUACACGUAAUAGAAAAUACAUACACCCCUUUCGGUAGUGGCUAGUAGGCCCCGUAAAAGGCUUCUGCUUUACCUUUCGAUUCCUUUCCGGCCCACCGCUUUAGCUCUGACUCCUGUACAUUUCUACCACCACCACCACCAUCCCCAACCAUCCGGAAUAUACCGAUAGUAGUGAAACAUUCAGAAGAACAAGAAAGCAAGUUAGAGAGGUAAUGAGAAAGAGAGAGAAAUAGGACGUAGCGAGCGAGGAGAAAGGAGAGCAGCAAACGCCUUUCAGGCAAGGCAGAAAACAUAAAAAAAAAACACAUUUAUUAAACUCUUGAUCGAUUCAAAAAUAAAGAUUUGAUUAAAAUAUA